GAGUGAGAGAAUCGAAUUGGAAGAGGAAAUGGGAUCGGGAAAACACACGGCAGAGUUCUUCAGAAGAAGGGAUGCGUGGAGGAAGCAUCCCAUGCUCACCAAUCAGUUCCGGCACGCCACCCCUGGCCUUGGCAUCGCCCUCGUCGCAUUUGGCUUCUAUCUCGUCGGCGAACAAGUCUACGAUCGCCUUAAUGCCGAUUCUCAUGUUCACGUGAAAGCGGAGAACCACCACUAAUCUCAACUAUUGGAUUCCAUCGUCGCUUUCCCUCUUUCAUAAUAAGCUUUGUCUUCAUCCAUGUUCUCGCAGCCUUCACUGAAUGUAUAAAUUUCAGACUAUGUUGCCUUCUUUGCCUCUCAGCAUGUCUUGUAUGGCUACAGUUUAUGUCUUCUUGCAUAUUUGACAUUGCAAUAUACCAUUUUUUUUUCUAUCGCAUUCCUGCUUUUGCCUGUAUGUGCCUCAAUGGCUCUGCCUUUUUCAGCAGACAUAAAAUUUAUUCCUUUACGUCUCAA